CCAAAAAUGACUAAAAGUCCUAAAAAUGAUAAAAGGAACAGUACAACUGAACUAACAAUAAGAUGGGAUGCAUGGAACAUAUCAGGCGAAGAUCUCGGGGAUGGUCCAAUUAAACAUUACACGUUAUUCUAUCAUCCAUCGAAUGAUUCUUUAAACACAAAGAAAACUACAACUAGCAAUACAUUCUGGACGAUCAAGAACCUGGCCAAAGAUACAUAUUACAAUUUUAGUGUGACUCCCAAUGACGUUGGUUGUGAGGGGAGGAUUGGACCACCUCUUGUACAGAAGACUUGCGGUCG